AUGUCGCUUGGGGACCUCGAUCUUUUUGCUACUAACGGCUUGUGUGUAGCGGCUAGCGGUGCUACAGCCCAUCACGCCCUUGGACUCAGCCUCGCCUGCCUUUGGGAUUUGCUAAUAGAGUCAUUCACUGGCUCGAUAAGGUCGAUAUAUUCAGAGCAGGCUCAGUUGAUGAUAUCAGUUGAUGAAGUCCGCCCUCUAGCGUUCAAACAUGCAGAUGCUACAAGAGAUGUUAUAUUGCUACUACUCAUUUUUAUUCUUUUCUACGGCCUGGCAAUUAACCUAGCCCGCCUAACAUGCUGGCGUGAUCCCACAUCAGCCUUCUUCACCGAAGACCAAGCAUACAAACCAGCCUACUCUACCCUCCGCACAGGACAAGCCAACGCACUCAUCCAACAAGCCAACAGCAAUACCAUCCCCCAUCACUUCCAAACCAAAGCAUCCUCCCACCCCAGGAUGUGCGUCGGGAUUGCCUCAGUAGCACGAAAGGGCGUGAACUACCUCCAAGGCGCGGUAGGCUCCGUCUUAGAAGGCCUUACCGCGGCAGAGAGGGAAGACUUAUACCUUAUCGUCUUCAUCGCACAUUCAGAUCCAGCGGAGCAUCCAGCGUACAUGGAGCCGUGGCUUCAUAAUCUCGCUGACAAAGUGCUCGUCUAUGAUCCGGAUUUGGUGGAUAUAGAACAUAUUCGGAGCUUAGAGACACCGGAAGCGAAGAAGUUUGCUCGAGAGAAGGGCCUCUUUGAUCAUACGUAUCUCCUUAAAGCGUGUGAGGCGCUUAAUACGUCAUAUACGGUUAUUCUUGAGGACGAUGUUGUUGCUCUGGACGGCUGGUAUCAUCGGACUAAGCAGGCUUUAGAUGUUGCUGAGCGGAAGGCGGAGGAGGAGGGGGUGGAUCAGUCUAACAGAGAAGUUGUAAAAGGGCUGUAUCUACGACUAUUCUACACUGAGAUAUUUCUAGGAUGGAACUCGGAAGAGUGGCCCACCUACCUCUUCUUUUCUCUCCUUACUGCAGCUGUGGUCGUGAUCACUACAACCGCUAUCCGAUAUUGUUGUCCUGCUACGGAUAGAUACCUUUCCAACGAGAUAAUCACAGUCUUAUCUCUUGUGAUUACUCCCCUCCUGAUUGUCCUCUUCUUCGCUGCCGGAAGGAACACAAUGCUCCCAAUACCAGAGGGAGUGCACGCGAUGCCCAAGUUUGGAUGUUGUUCUCAGGGGUUCGUGUUUCCACAAACACGUAUCGGAGACCUGGUGUCAUGGUACGAGAGGAAUAAAGUUGGGUAUGUUGAUAUGCUGACGGAGAGAUAUGCCGAUCAGAACGGGGAGGCCACAUUGGAAGGAACCGUAUUUAAAUCAAGACAUUCCGAGUUCAUAAUUCACCAUAUAACAAUCACAGGCAAGGAGACAGUGGUGAAAGCACAAGACGCAUACCCAGACUACGAAAGGGAUGAAGACGAGAAGGAAAUCGCCGAAAACGAUGUCAAAAUAGCCGAUUACAUACACAAUUCUCUUGCCAGUCACCUUCCUGAGACUGCCAGCACACGAGAGACAUCGCAUGAGGUUAAUCUCUCCGAUAACGCAUCUCACAAGCUGAUAUUCGAUCUUCUGUUUCCCGGUAUUAUCACCAAUGCGAAAAUGUGGAACAUCUUUGAAGACGAGCUUCAGGAGAAUCUAAACGCAGCAAAAACAGACCAGAAUACUACUUCACAAGAAGUCCAGCGGAGUUUCAUCGUGCAACUGUAUGUGUAUGAUGAAUAUAUCGAUGAUCUCAAAGUAAAAUUAUGGGUAAAUACCUGGAAGAUCGCGGAAGAUAUACAAACAAUACAAAGUGGGAAAGGCUCAACCAUUCAGCAGAAUGUCUCAUUUUCCCUGAGAAAUGAUGUUCUCACGCUUUCCGAGGAAGAAUAUCCCAACAAACCCGCUAAUACUGAUACGGGAGGAAAAUGA